AGAAAAUCAGAAAAGAAUUUGUCGAGUCAUCAUGCUUACAAUUAACGCAGAAAACCAACUUUAAAACCCAGAUUAUUCAAUUCCCAUCAAUCCAUCCCAAUAAUCUUUAAAAUCACACAGAAAUGGCUAACAUUGAAGGAGAAAAAGAAGAAGCGCCAUGGAAGAAUUUAAGCAACGACAUACUUGCCCUAAUCUUAAAACGACUCAACACCAAAGCAGAUCUAUGUCGUUUUCGCUCAAUCUGCAAAUCAUGGCGUUAUUUUGCUACUCCAAUCCAACCCCACCUUCAUUUCCCUCUCACUCUCCCUCCUCUCCACCCCAAUUCUCGUCCUUUCUCUCUCUCUCCUACUCUCCUUUACAUUCUCUCUCCUAAUUUCACCCUUCAUAAUCACAACAAUGUCUGGCUAACCAAAGUUUCAGAAACAGGGCAAAACAAGUGGGCCCUACUGAAUCCAUUAACGAAGCACAAGCUUUACUUUUGUUCAUCUGGGUAUUUCGGGAAGAUGAUUGAUUUAUUGGGUUUUCGAAAUCUUGAGGUGGGUCGUUGUUAUCGUCUUCAAUUGAUCAGUUAUCAUGGAGAAGAAAAUACCUUUGAUUUUGAGGAUUUCAGCUCUUCAAUCUCUCUUAGGAAAGUUGUUGUCAAAAUUGGGGAGAAAAUAUCUGUAUUGGGUUUAUAUGGGUAUGGAGAAAUUGCUCUCUGGAAUUCUGGGGAUGAAGAAUGGAAGAUUAUUGAAACUGGGAAAAAAAACAAGAAGGAUUAUUUUGAUGAUGUUAUUUGCUAUGAUGGAAAAUUCUACGCCGUUGAUCGAGCAGGUAGGCUAGUGAUGAUCGAUUCGACGGCGCUGGAGAUUGUUGAAGUGGUUAGCACAGCAGAAGAAUGUAAUGGUCAGUAUACAUAUUUAGUUGAAUGUAAUUUUCGUUUAUAUUUGGUUAAUAAAAUUGUUAAUCCAAGACCUAGUAAUUACUAUGAUGAAAAAGAAGAAGAGUGGGUUGUUGAUAAAAGUUGUGUAGGAAAGCCACUUGGGUUUAAAGUAUUUGUAUUGAAUGAGAGGAAAAAUAGUUGGGAGAAGGUAAGGAGUUUAGAAAACAAGGUUUUAUUUGUUAGUCGUGAUGCGACGUUUUCGGUUUGUGCUGAGGAUUUAGGUUGGAGUAAGGGUAAUUGCAUCUAUUUUGAAGGAUUGACAGGUUAUGAUGAUGAGGCUGAUAUGAGUUUUGGGUUGAAUGCCGGUGUUUACACUUUAGAGGAUGAAACUAUUACGACCUUUGGUUCAUUGGUGGAUCAUUGGACUGCGAUUUUCUGGCCGCCUUCGAGUUGGUUUGUACAUGAUGAAGAGUACCCUGAAUAUGAAAUGCAAGAUUAGUGCUUAAUCUUGAAACUAUUGGGCUUCUGGCAUUCUGCCAAUGUUUCAAGAGUACCCAAACGCCUUGCAAUAUAGAGGAGCUUAUGCUACAUAUCGUUGUCUAUCAAACAAAAGGAGUAUGAUUGUAUUGUAAAUUCUCUGCAAACACUGAAACACAUUGCCACAUCUUUUGAUUUCAAUCAAUUAGUACUGAAAUUAAAGAUUGUUUUUAUACAAGUAAGCUAAUAUGGUCCAAAAGGUUGAUCUCUUCAAGCCUUUUCGUCUUGCUGAAUGGCAGUCUCCGCGGCUGCUAAAAAGGGCUAACAUUUUGGAUGCAGCUCCACUAUAUUCUUUGUGCUUUGUGCUGAAUAAUUUUCUAGUCUACUGAUGGGGGUUGGUUAAUUAAUUCCACACUGGAAGCUCAGGUCUCAAGAAACCUAUGAAGAAAAUCAAAGAAUAUACAAAGAGGGAGGAUCAGACCAGGGAAGGCUGACAAACAGAGGGGAUCAGGGGAGUGUGAGGUUUAGAAAAGAGUACAGAAUGUUUCUUCUGUUGAAGAAUAACGAGGUUUUGGUUUUGUUAUCUCGUCUAAAGGAUGCUUGCUAGUUGAAUUUGUUGAUUACCCAUACAAACUUUUGAGAACGAGAUGUUUCCUUUUAAAACAUGUGACUUGUUGUUUCAACUUUCAAGUACACUAGUUUGUAGUAUAUGUGCUCAUCCGCGUGUUAGUUUAGGACUUUUGCGAUAUUGAUAUAUGCUCCCAAGUCCUUAACUUUCGUCUUUCUGUAUUUGAUGUUAAACCAUAAAUUGGCAUAGCUCUACUCAAAGAACAAAAGCGUAAACUUAAGGGAGUUUAAUCUGUGUAAGGAUGACUUCAGCAAGAGUCUGUCUUUUCUUGGUUGACAGAAGACGUCUGCACUUGAGCUCGAAGAGGUCUUAAAAUCACGGAUGGGAGGAACUUACAAUAUAACCUCACUUUCUCAUCUUAUUGGCCUAUUCACUGUAAGAGGUGCACAUACUAUGUUUCAUGAAGAAUUUAUCGUCUACCGGUCUUGCAGUGAACAUUGGUUUUGGUCCUUUUUUGGCGGCCUUUGAAAUUAGAGGAGCUCUGGCUUGACGAUUUCUACGUGAAGGCCUUGGAAAAAGUUUAUGGUGGCUAUACUGUUGGUAGAGUGAUAGUGAAGUGUAUAUAUUAUUAUUCAGUUGAAGCAGAAAUUGGAGCAACAUAUAAUAGUGUACUACACAUAGUGUUACUAAUUGCAAAUAUAACCCCAACAAUCAUUACUAUAAGCUAUUCAAACAUACAAAACCCAGAAUUCAUGAUAGUAAAUCCUCCAUCAACAGUAAGGUUAUGUCCACUAACGUACUUUGAAUCAUCACUUGCAAGAAAUAAAGCUGCAUUCGCAACAUCCUCCACCUUACACCAAGUCCCUUUGAGAUUAGAGUAUAUCUUAGAGAUACCUUCAUCAUCUAAUUGUAAGAACUUAUUAAAUAGAGGGGUUGGCACCGCAUGUGGCGACACACAAUUCACCCUAAUCCCGUAUUGUCCAAAUUCAACAGUUGUACUUCUUGUGAGCCCUAAGACACCGUGCUUUGAGCUAGUAUAAGCGUGUGGAGCUACUCCUCCUAUGAUGGAACAAACACUAGCUGUUGUAAUUAUACUACCUUGUCUGGCCGGGAUCAUUACUCGAGCCGCAUGCUUAGUUCCCAAGAACGGCCCAAUAAGAUUUGUCUUAACUGUUUCCUCGAAGUCAGAUUGCGUGAUAUCAAGGAUGUUGGGCUUCGGAUGGCUACCGGCUAUGCCUGCAUUAUUGAACAUGAUGUCCAGCUUUUUGUAUUUGGCUACUGUUGAGUCUACUGCAUUUUGUACAUGAUCUUCAUUUGUGACGUCGCAAUGGAUGUAUGAAGCUACUGAUGGAUCUAAGCUCUUGCAAACAGAUAACCCCAAAUCAUCUUGGAUUUCAGCAAUCAUGACUUUAGCACCAUGUUUGGUAAAAAGUUUAGCAGUGCAUGCACCGAUUCCACUAGCACCUCCUGUGAUGAGAGCAACCUUGCCUUCCAACCUGAAUGCAUAUUGUAUAUAUUAGGUAUUCCUCAUUAGUAUUGAUGAAUUUGAAUGUUAUAUUUUUUGAAUUA